AUGCCGCCACCUUCCACCACCUCACCCGACAGCCACCGCCGCGCCACCUACUCGCCACCGUUAUCACCCACAGUUGCGACCAACCGCCAACGACACUCGUCGCCGCCGCCCACCACCAUCGUCGACGCCACCACCACCGCACCACCAACCGUUGCGCACCACCAACUGCCACCUCUGCUGCCCCACCACCAACGGCCACCCUGCACCACCACCACUCGUCGUCGACACCUCACCGCCACUCGCUGCCACCACCACCACCCAUCGCCGUCGCCGACACCCCACCGCCACCUAUAA